AUGUCAUCGAUCCAAAGGCCGACCCGACGGUUGAGCGCGCGAAUUCAAGAGAAAGAUGACGCGACAGUGUAUUCAACUCAGGAACAAGGCAACCGAAAUGGGAAGACAAUUGUCAGCACCUCAGAACCUGUAGCUGCGCAAGCAGCUAGAGCCUCCAAUGAGAGGAAAAGGAAGAUGGAUUACGACGAGGAGGACGAUGGGUUUCAAUUUAAACGCGUCAAAAAGAAGCCUCCUCAAGCGAAACCGGCAGAGAAGGAGAGAGCUGCCGUAUCAACCAAAAUUGACGCGCCCAAAUCUCAGCCCCCGAGUGUCAAGACCGAAAUUCCGAAGAACGAAGAGACGAGACCGAAGCCUGCCCAGCGAAGGAAUCGAACCUCAUUUCCCACACCCGUUUCGAAGGAAGAGCCUCCCCGACGUCGCUCAAAACGUCUAUCCAGAGAUAACGAACAACAAGUUGCAAGCCCUGCCAAGAAAAGUGUGCGCAAAGAGGAGGCGAAGAGGCGAGAACAUCCUGCUGAAGCACCCCGCAAAACGUCGCCGGAAAAGAAGGUGGACGAACCACCUCCCGCAAAGCCUAAAGAUAAUUCAAAUGAGGAGGCCUCUUCUAUAAAUCAACAAGACCAUGCUUCGACCAAGAUCGCGCUGCCUUUCGCGGACACGCCAGUCAUCAAACGGAACAAAGCCAUGCGUGAAAGCAAGGCCGGCAAGGGCGAAAGGAGGAGUAGUCUGGGCAUGCGCGGGCGAAGGGCCAGCUCGCUCAUUGAAUCAGGGAAUUCCAGUGCCUUGCCCCAUCCAGAACUGGACGUGUCGGACUAUUAUAAGCACAUUGAAAGCGAGGGUCUCCCGGAGCCCAGACGGAUGAAACAGCUUCUCAUCUGGUGUGCCGAGCGUUCUCUCGAUGAAAAACCAUCAGGUGCGGGCUUUGGGGAGGCCAGCGCCAGACAAGCAGCCCGAGUAAUUGAAGAGGAACUGUUGAAAGAGUUGGCCAACAGGUCUGAUCUAUCGGACUGGUUUGGCCGCGAAGAAGUUCCUGUGCCACAGGAGCCACUUCCAGAACGGCCCAACCCAAAGAACACACAGAACAUCGAAAAGAUUGCCGAAUUAGAGGAGCAAAUCAAAUGUUUGCGACUCGAGAAAGAGGCAUUGGAGAAGUUGCUCCGGCCUCCCAACGUGCCCAGCUUGCGUGAUCUUGACGUGCCGACAAGUCCAUCGAAAGCGCAUCAAUUGGACAGAUCCCUUCUCUCCGAAGCAGAUGCCGCUGCACUCGACUCGUUAGCUUCCGACAUCUCAACCACAGAUCAGAUAUCACAGCGCCUCGGUGGUGUUUUGGAAUCGAUAGGCCCGACCGUCGACACGUUCGCGGACGGCAUCCACAGGAUAGCGCAGUACCGGACCGCGGCUGACAGCGUGGCAGGAAGAGUACUGGCCAUCUGCGCCGAGAAGCUGACGCAGCGGGAGAAAGAAGGGAAACGAAAAGCCCUAGGCGUGAGAUCAGGGAGCCCCCCGAGAGAUCUGGGGGGUGUGCUGAGAAGUCUGAGUCGAGCGGACAGAUAA